AAGAACUGGGAGAUGGAGGCACCCGCGGUGCUGCUGGUGAUGGGUGUGAGCGGCUCCGGGAAGUAGCCGCUCCCCAGGGUCACCACGGAUGAAAGCCGAGGAAUGAAGGUCGGGCGUAGGGAGGCUGCUGGAGUACAGAGCGGAAAGUUGUUACGGGAAAGACGCAGUCCGCCACAGCUUUUAGCUCCAGCCUUACAAACCUGGACCUCAGGCAUCUUGCCGAGAAAGUGGGAGGGUGCAAAGUCCCAAACCAAGAGAUCUACCGUGGGCACACUGCUGGCCUCCAAGCUGGGAUGGAAAUUCUAUGAUGCCGAUGAUUACCACUCUGAAGAGAAUCGGAUGAAGAUGGGGAGAGGGGUACCGCUGAGCGACCAGGACAGGAUUCCAUGGCUCUGCAGCUUGCACGACAUAUUAGUAAGAGAGGUGGCCUUGGGACAGCAUGUCGUUCUAGCCUGUUCAGCCCUGAAGAGAAAGUACAGAGACAUCUUGAUACAGGGAAGAAGUGAUGGGCCCCUGAAAAGCGACGGGUCCGCAGAGGAAAGGCUGGCCGGCCAACAGCUCUUGGUGGUCUAUCUCAGCGGCUCGUUUGAGAUCAUUUCCAGACGCCUGUCCCAACGAAAAGGACAUUUUAUGCCGCCCGAGUUACUGCAGUCCCAGUUCAGUAUUCUGGAGCCUCCAUCAGCUCCUGAACACUUCAUCCAGGUCAGCGUGGACCAAAGUCUCUCAGAGAUCGCCGAUGCCGUUCUGGAAGCUCUGCCAAUGAAGUAAUCAUUCCACACCUGCGGGGUAAGCGCACUCUAGUUCAAGGUCCUCCUCGCCAGUGUAUUCUAAGUUCCUAAUUGAGAGCAAACUGCGGUAUGUGGAGAGCACCGUUUGCCUGUAUGGACUCAGUGUGCAGUUGUCCCGCAGGUGCCCUCCAGGUGUCCCGCAGGUGUCCUGCAGGUGUGCCAGGAGGAGGGGAAAGGAUGGUAAAACUUAAGCUUAAACUUAAAUCGUGUAUAAUGGAACCAGAUGGUCAGUGGAAAUUGUGCAAUCAAUGCUAGAAACCACUCCCGUUUGAAAGAACAAUGCCUUGUGCUUGUGCCUGCACAAAUGGAUGAAAUAUGCUACCCUGGAGGCCAGCUGGAAUUGGUUUCAGCAAUAGAAACCUGAAUCAAAGCAGCCACUGACUGCAGGCAUUUCACACCAUACUGCCAUUGGUUUUCAAACAGGGUGUCGCUGUGUAACAGCUCUAGCUGUCCUGGAAUUCACUCUGCAGAGCAUCCUGAAGCCCAGAGAUCCGCUUGCUUCUGCCUCCCCAGUGCUGGGAUUAAAGGCGUGCAUUACCAUAACCGGCUUCAUCUUCAUACAUAUGUCAUUAUGUUCUAUAAUCUGCCAUUAUGCUUUGCUUUAAUUCAUCCCCCUUCACAGCCUUCCCCUGCCCUUGUCCCCUGUUCCUCCCUGGCAGGUGACAAGGGCACCUUUGCCCAGGUGACCACCUUCCUGCAUUCAUGGUUUCUCAGUCUUUCUUAAGAUCUCUUCCUGCCUGCUUGGUAUACACAUCAUAUAUGUAUAUAAAACUUUAAGUUCAGGUCCUGCUUGGGAGAGAAUUGGGCCUUUUUACAACUAUAUAGAAUUCCAUUAUGUACGUACAUCACACUUAAAGCUUUUUUUUUUUUUAAAGCUGUGUAAGACACGUACACCAGGCUGGUCUAGAACUCACAGAAAUCUGCCUGCCUCCUGAGUGCUGAAAUUAAAGGCGCACACACAACCGCCUGGCAUACCCCAUUUUCUUCUUUUUUUUUUCUUCAAUAUUUAUUAUGUAUACAAUAUUCUGUCUGUGUAUGCC